CAUUCUCGGUCACACCAACCAACCCCCACAAAUAUUUCUUUACUCUCACUCAUUCCUUUUGAGCCCCCCAAAGACAAAGCCAAAGCUACAGCUCUUUUUGUUUGCUUUCCCCCACCACUCACUCUUCCUAGCUGCUUGUGCUAUCCAAUCCCAGCACACACACAAACAACACAACCAAACAAGAGCAGCAGCCAAAACGAAAAAGAGAAGAUGGAACACGAGAUGAUGAACGGCGGGAAUAAUGUUGAUAGCAAUAAUAACAACAACAGCAGCAACGUAGUGAAAGGAAGCUUCCUGUGCAGGCAAAGCAGCAGCCGGUGGACGCCCACGACGGACCAGAUAAGGAUCCUCAAGGAGCUCUACUACAACGAUGGAGUUCGGUCCCCGAGCGCGGAGCAGAUACAGAGGAUCUCCGCCGACCUCCGCAGGUACGGCAAGAUCGAAGGAAAGAAUGUCUUCUACUGGUUCCAGAACCACAAAGCCCGCGAGCGACAGAAGAAGCGCUUCACCAACCAACCUGCCUCUGCCAUCGCCACCCAUCAUCCAAACACCCGCGCCGCCGCAGUUCAGCCUUCAAGUACUGGAGCUCUGGGGCAUGGGGGCGGCUAUGGAGGAUAUGCCUCUCUCACCAUGGAGAAGAGCUUUGGAGACUGUUCAAUCUCAUCAGCUGGAGGUAAUUGCAACAAAGUUGGCGGUGGGCAGUACAGCUAUGGAGGAUGGGGUACCAACAACAGCUCUUUCUUUGACAAGAGGAAAUCAUCAUCAUCAUCAUCCUUCAUUCAUCACCAUGGCGCCCUAGAGGAAGAUGAGGAUCACCAACAAGAGAUUGAGACGCUGCCUCUCUUCCCUACUCACCGCGAGGACCUCAUCAAUGGCCCAUCACCCUACGCCAGCUGGUACGCCGCCUCCGAUCAUUGCCACGACGCCGCCGCCACCAACUCCUUUGCUUCACUUGAGCUCACCCUCAACUCCUUCACCUCCCACUCUUCUUCUAAUAUGUUCUAAAACUGCUACUGCUGCACUGCACUGCAUGCUCCCUUGGGACACGCGCGUAACUUUAUUCACAUCAUAUAUAUAUAUUCUCCUUCCUGCCUACGGAGUACGGCUUAGGCUUACUAAUCUUGUCAUCAUGGGCUUCUCUUCUCUUCUUACCUAUAAUAUAAUUAUUAUUAUUAA